UUGUUACGGGUUGUCUGUUCUAUUGCAGCGCAAUGUCUGCUGGAGUUGCUGGUUCAUCCGCCGUCGCCGCUGUUGCCACCGUUCUGUCCGCUGAGGAGGGCUGCUGCCGAUCUGAUCGGUCGAGGCUUCGCCGUCUGGCAGCCCUACCUCGACGUCAGCAAGGUGAUUCUGACGCUGCUCAGCUGGUGCGCUGAAAACGAGCAGCUCGGCAUGUCGCACGACUCGAAGCUACCGCUCAACUGGCGACUCGAUGCGUUCAAAAUCGCCCAGGCUUCGCUAUGGUCCAUCGCUAACGUCUGUCCGGCGGCGUUCAUCACGGCAUUGAGCACCGAAGUUGUGCGGUUCACCUCCUUGUCGCAGCACCAAAUGGUCAAUCAUAUGUCCCCAUUGAUUCGGUCAAAACAGCAAAUACUUAGCAUUAUCGAGGCAUUGUUCAACAGUCAAUUCGACGUAAUGCAGGAAGUGAUCUCGUCGGUCGGCGAAAUCGUCGUUCACUGUUUGGAUACCGCUCUUCUGAAGUAUAAAAACGUCACCGAACUGCACCCUGCGAUUGCGAGGAUUCCGAUCAUCGCGUAUUCAGUACAAACAAGACGCAUUGCUUUCGGUUCGAAAAAUGGCUCCGUCGUAAUAUACGAGUUGAGAGCCGGAAAAUCUCAGGUUAUUCAGGCUCAUAGCAGGUGCGUUUCGAUCUGUAGCUUUUCAGAUGAUGGAAAGUACCUGGCCACUUGUUCUUGCGAAGAGGGAAGGGUGAACCUGUGGCAGAUGUCCCAGUCUUUCCUUGGCAUGGGUCAGAGCCAAGUGAAAUGCAUUCGUCAGUUUUCCAUUCCUCCAACGACGCCUGACAACAAAGUCGUUGCUUUAAAAAACGAUCGUCUGCGGUUCGUUUGGCUCGCCACCAAAACCGUCGCUCUCGUGCUUCCCAACGGCACUGAGCAUCGAAAUACUUCCAAAGCCGUCAUGGUCGCCGCCGACUGGAAUUUGGAUAUCGCCGAUGCGGUGCCUAUGGAGAUCGUGCUGUUGUUCCUCGUCACUCUGCGGUUCUGUUCGGCAUCGCUGCUGCGGUCGACGGUUUUUUCGGCCGUUGUGCCGCUUACGUUGAUGAUUUUCUAUUUGCUGGGCUGCAACCGGGCUGACUUCGAGCAAGGCAAUGCGUUCAUGCGCGGUUUCAGGGUCGGAGCCCAUCGCGGUCUUUCGCUCGAUGCCCCCGAGAACACGCUGGUGGCCAUUCGCAAAAGUUACGAGCUCGGCGCUCAUCUGGUCGAAUUGGACGUGGAAGUGACCGCUGACGACGUCGUGGUUUUAAUGCACGACGACCACGUCAACCGAACGACGAACGGCGUCGGCGCAGUUAGACGGAUGAACUAUUCGCAGCUAAAGAAUCUGAACGCGGCUGCCAAAUUUAGCCACCGACAGAAGUACGACGUUCAGAGAAUACCGACCCUGAAACAAGCUCUGAGGUUGUGCAGCCAGUUACGACUGAAGGUGCUGAUCGACGUCAAACGUCCGGAUCCACGAAUCAGUGACACGAUUUUGGAUGUGUUUAAGGAAGAUCCGCACAUAUAUGAUUCCGUUGCUGUCGCUUCAUUUUAUCCACAAGUGGCUUACUGGAUCAGAAGAAGUGACCCAAAGAUCGUUGCUGGCCACACUUGGUGUCCGGGAUUGUUUACUCAGAAGUCCUGUCAGACCGCCGAAGAAUACUACCUAAGCCCGCUAGCUCGUUUCUUUGCUGCCAGGGUCGACAAGAUAUAUUCUUGGUUUUUGCAUCACGUCGUUUCGAAGAUCACGGGAUCUACUUUGUUUCUAGUCGAACAUAAAGCGUUGUCUGCGAACUAUAUAAAGAAGUGGCGCCAACAGGGCGUCCAUGUCAUCGCCUGGACCGUGAACAGCGUACCCGAGAAGUCGUAUUUCCUCAAUACUCUAAAAUGUCCUUUCCUAACGGACCAGCUGUCCGAUUUCGUUUCGGAAAUGAGAAAGAACGAAACUUCGACACAUGACAGAGUUAAUAAGCAGAUCUGA